AUGUCAUUUUUGCCUGUACGCCCGCUGAGCCCCCCUUCCCUACAGGACCCGCCCGACUGGCAGGAAAUCCUCAAGCAUUUCCGCGGGUCGGAGCUACAGAACUACUUUACGAAGGUACUAGAGGACAAUUUGAAGGCGCUGAUCAAGCCGCAAUACGUCGAUCAUAUCCCCCGCGCGAUCAAGGGCAAACUAUCCGUUUCGCAAAUGCUGGAUACGAAGCUGGAGCGGGACAACAAGCAGAAAAUGUGCGACGAUCUAGAGCUCAACGAGGUUCUAACACGCGAGGUGACACAGCUAUCUGGUGGAGAGCUUCAGCGGUUCGCAAUCGCGAUGUCGUGUAUCCAGAGAGCGGACGUGUAUAUGUUUGACGAGCCGUCAAGUUACCUCGACAUUAAGCAGCGAUUGAAGGCGGCCGAGGUUAUCCGCGAGCUACUGACUUCGGACAACUAUGUCAUCGCCGUUGAGCACGAUCUGUCCGUGCUUGAUUAUCUCUCGGACUUCAUCUGCUGUCUCUACGGCAAGCCGUCGAUGUACGGUGUCGUCACGAUGCCAUACUCUGUCCGUGAAGGUAUCAAUAUCUUCCUGGACGGCUUCAUUCCGACGGAGAACCUCCGGUUCCGCGAAGACUCGCUUUCAUUUAAAAUGAUGGAGACGGCGGAGGAGCUGAUCGUGGACAAGACGCGGCACUACUCGUACCCGGCAAUGACGAAGACGCUUGGUAACUUCAAGCUGACGGUACAGAGCGGGAGCUUCACGGACUCGGAGAUUAUCGUGAUGCUGGGCGAGAAUGGGACCGGCAAGACGACGUUCGUGCGGCUGCUCGCGGGCGACACACCGGACGAGGAGACGGACAAACAGACGCUUGCGGUAUCACUCAAGCCCCAGGCGAUCGCGCCGUCCUUCCCUGGCACCGUGCGCAUGCUUCUAAUAAAGCGCAUCAAGGCGGCCUUUAUGCAUCCACAGUUCAAUACGGACGUCUUGAAGCCGAUGAACCUCGACCCGAUCCUGGACCAGGAUGUCAAGACGCUAUCUGGAGGAGAGCUGCAGCGUGUCGCCAUCGUGCUCGCGCUCGGGAAGCCGAACGUCCAGGUCUAUCUGAUCGACGAACCCAGCUCGUAUGUGUACACCUUUCAUACUGUUGCCUACACACUCACUCCGCCGUUUAGUUUCCUCGACUCCGAGCAACGUAUCAUAGCGAGCAAAGUAAUCAAGCGGUACGUCCUUUCAGGCCUCUGA